AUGGGAGGACUAACCACAUCUUUUCCCUGUCAGUAUAGGACUGCACGAGUUCCAAUCGAUGAUAGUUGGAAGUUCGCUCGAACGCGGCAGCUAAGGAGCUUCACAGACCGACAACACAGAAGUGUCUCGGGGCCUAACGAGUUUCCCUGCGAGGAGUGUAUGAAUGCCGAUAAUGGUUCUUCAGAGACGGGGUCAAGACGAGUUAUCAACUUUGUUAGAAGUAGUGCUUCUGAUGAGUUGAGUCCAGCGGCAAAUAAAUCCAAUAGCCGGUUCGUUUCCAGUAAGAUAAUACUGGAGCUCCGAGCAGAGUUUAAAGGCGGAACUAGAGUUGAUCUUAUGUCUAUGACAAAUACUGUUGCUACGGAUGCUUUCGUCGAAUGCAAACUCAACGACAAGAGCUCUUCACGUUACAAUCGUCCUUUCUCGGAAGAGAUCGAAGGUGACACUCGCAAGAAUCAAAUUCAUGAAGAUCUGAAUGGCCAAGACUUCGGGGAUGGACUCCCUGUUUCUGCUGAGCCAGGACUGACUCAUGACAUCCUUGUAUCUCGCACGUCGGUCCGGCCAAAAGCCUGCAAUCAAGUGACUGGGAGGUGCAAGGGAGGCGGUUUGGAGUCGCCUCCAACAAAUAAGCUUCACAUGUCAACACCGGGAGAACGAAAGUUCUCCCAGAAACUCAUGGGACUAGAGGCUUGCAACCUGCCCAUGGCGGCCAUCGAAGAUCUGAUGAUGCAAGCCAAGAAGUUCAAGUACGACGUCAUCGGACUGACCGAGGCGAGACGACGUCACCCUCUCAACGCCGUAUAUGAAACUGGAGAAGAACUGUUCUUAGGAACAUGCGACAGUAGAGGUGUUGGUGGAGUUGGCGUCCUCGUCAACACGAGUACGGCAAAGAACAUCGACUCUUUUGAACAACUUACGACCCGAAUCGGACGUCUGCGGAUGAGAAGAUGUGGUUCAACACACUUUGACAAUUUCGUCGCUUACGCUCCAAAAUCAAGCUACGAAGAAGAAGAAGUCGAAGCUUUAUAUACGGACCUGGAGAAGUUCUACUGA